CUCGUGAGCUCAGCUGAUCAUUCUCUCACCUUCUCCCUUUGCUUCGCUCUCCGCUAUACUCUGUGCUCUCUCUCAUGGCGCUCUCGAGAGGUUCGCCGCUACUACCAGUAUUCCUAACGGGCUUGUUAUGGGCCGUGAAACUGGGCUCGUCUCCGUGGGCCGCGUCGGGCCUCUCCAAGUUCGACGACGUGAUCCAGCCCAGCUGGGCCUCCGACCACGUCAUCUACGACGGCGACCUCCUCCUCCUCAAGCUCGACAACUUCUCCGGCUCCGGAUUCGCUUCGAAGAACAAGUACCUGUACGGCAAAGCCACGGCCGACAUCAAGCUCGUCCCCGGCGAUUCCGCGGGGACCGUCACCGCAUUCUACAUGUCGUCGGAGGGGGCGAGCCACAAUGAGUUCGACUUCGAGUUUCUGGGGAACAGGUCGGGGGAGCCGUACCUGGUGCAGACGAACCUGUACAUAAACGGGGUGGGGAACAGGGAGCAGCGCAUGGACCUGUGGUUCGACCCCGCCGCCGACUUCCACUCCUACAGCAUACUGUGGAACCCGCGCCAGGUGGUGUUCCUCGUCGACGGCACCCCCGUCCGUGUCUACCAGAACAACAACAAUAGCAGCAGCAGCAAUAACAAUAGCAGCAGUAAUGGCAAUAGCACUAGCAGUGGCAGCAGUAUUCCUCCGUUCCCCACGAACCAGCCGAUGGGGGUCUACUCGUCGAUCUGGAACGCCGACGACUGGGCGACGGAAGGGGGGAGGGUGAAGACGGACUGGGGGCACGCGCCCUUCGUGGCGGCGUACCGCGAGGUCAGGAUCGACGGCUGCGAGUGGGGGCCAGCAGCCGGCGACUCGGACGACGCCGGCGAGCUGCGGCGCUGCAGCGAGAGCGCGUGGGGGAAGGAGGGCAGGUACUGGUGGAAGGAGAAGGCCAUGGAGGAGCUCACCGUGCACCAGUCGCACCAGCUGGCCUGGGCCCGCGCCCACCACCUCGUCUACGACUACUGCGCCGACCCGGCCCGCUUCCCCGUCGCCCCACCCGAGUGCACCACCGCCACACCCUGAUUCCAUCGUCUCUCUUCUCUGUGUGUGUGUGUGUGUGUGUGUGUGCGCGCGUCUCUCUCUCUCUCUCUCUCUCUCUCUCUCUCUCUCUUUCUCCUUGUGUGUGUGGGUGUGGAUUUGGGGGGCGGGGGAACUGCUGGUUUCUUUCUUGUAGUCAAGAGGGUUGUUUAGGUUUUAACAGUGGUCGUUGUUGAUUUGUUUAUACAUCUUGUUUAGAUAAUUCUUAUGUCUUCUCAAUA